AUGGUCAGGCCAGGCUGUCCAGUCAUUCUGCUCCACCUCUUCAGCAUCUUCCUACAGACAGCAGCUAGUUCUCAGGAUAUCCUGUAUCCAUAUGGACCCAGCCAUAGAGAUCUAGAGACCCCAAAGAUGGAUGAUGGGAGUUCUGCUGAAAUCACUUUGCUCAUUCCAUUCAUUUUCUUCAACAUCCCAUACCGUUCCAUCUAUGUCAACAACAAUGGCGUGAUCUCCUUCAACGUGCAGGUUAGCCAGUUCACACCGGAGGCUUUUCCCCUGAGUGACAGCAGAUCGUUCAUUGCUCCGCUCUGGGCAGAUGUGCACAAUGGCAUCCGCGGAGAUGUGUACUACCGAGAGACCACAGAACCAGAAAUACUGGAGAGGGCAACACAAGAUGUCCGGAAGUACUUUAAAAACAUGCCCACCUUCACGGCUACCUGGGUCUUUAUUGCAACAUGGCAUCAAGUCACCUUCUAUGGAGGAAGCCAGACAACACCGGUGAACACAUUCCAAACUGUACUCAUCUCAGAUGGCGUGGGGUUCUUCAGUAUGUUCAACUAUGGAGAAAUCACAUGGAGCACAGGAACAGCCAGCGGUGGAGAUCCUUUAACAGGACUGGGUGGCACAACAGCUCAGUCAGGUUUUAAUGGCGGAGACAUUGGUCACUUCUUCAACCUGCCAGGAUCCCGCUCAAAUGAUGUGGUGAACAUUGAACAGACAACCAAUGUUAAUAUCCCUGGGCGAUGGUUCUUCCGCGUUGACACUGAACUGAUCGAUCCUGCCAAUGGCUGCAGCUACAAUGGGCGAUUUUACAGACGAGGAGAAAUCUUCUGGCUCUCUGACCAGUGUUCACAGCGAUGCCGCUGCCUUGACAUUGACAACGAGGUGCAUUGCCAGGAGGCUCCAUGCGGGCAGUUGGAGACCUGCGAGCAGCAGGAGGGGGCCUUUUACUGCCAGCCGACCCGCACCAGCACCUGUGUGGUAUUUGGCGACCCUCAUUACCACACCUUCGAUGGCUUCCUCUAUCACUUCCAGGGAACCUGCUCCUACCUGCUGGCUCGGCCCUGCUGGGAGGUGGCUGGGCUGCCCUUCUUCACUGUGGAGGCCAAAAAUGAGAACCGUGGGGUCGCCUUGGUUUCUUGGCUCAGAGAUGUGACAGUGGAUGUGUACGGACACCGAGUCACAUUACCCAAAGGCAGUUUUGGAACAGUCCAGGUGGACGGCUUGGUGAAGACUCUACCGGUCCAACUCCAGCUUGGUGCUGUUAGGGUUUACCAGUCUGGGGUUGCCAUUGCUUUAGAAACAGACUUUGGACUCUUAGUUACCUAUGACGGCCAACACUAUGCAUCCAUCUCCCUGCCCAGCUCUUACUUCAACAACACUUGUGGCCUUUGUGGCAACUACAAUGACGACCCUGCUGAUGAUCCCGUGCUUCCUGACGGCUCUCUAGCAGAUAGCGUGGUGGAGUUAGGAGGCAGCUGGCGAGCAGAGGACCCAGACUGGAGGUGUACAGAUGGCUGCGCCCAGAACUGCAGCGUGUGUGACCCUCUUACAGAAGCCUUCUACUUUCGCUCAGACUACUGUGGGCUCAUCAACAAAACCGAUGGACCUUUUAGGGACUGCAGAGCCGUAGUGGACCCUACAGCCUUUGUGUAUAGCUGUGUAUAUGACAUGUGCAGCAACAGGGAUAAUAUCACCACACUCUGUCAGGCCAUCCAGGCCUAUGCUCUGGCGUGCCAGGCCCUUGGUGUCACGAUACGACCCUGGAGAUCUCGCACCUUCUGUGCUUUGUCGUGUCCGGAGUUCAGCCAUUACCAAGUGUGCACAAGUGCCUGCCCAGCCUCUUGCUCCGACCUCACCGCUCCCCUGUAUUGUGCUCACCCUUGUACUGAGGGCUGUCAGUGUGACCAAGGCUACGUUCUCAGCGGCAGUCGUUGUGUACAGCGUGAAGACUGUGGCUGUGAGUAUAACGGCCUCUAUUACCCCCUUAAUCAAACUUUCUGGGCAGGUCCCAGUGGUGAGGAAGGUGAAUGUGCCCUCCGCUGCACCUGCGGGCCUGCUGGGGAAGUCUCCUGCUUCAACGAGUCCUGCAAAGAGGGCGAGGUAUGCGUGGCGGAGGUGGGCUUGCUGGGUUGCUACCCUCGGAGGGAGGGAGUGUGCUCAAUCACUCAGAACUCAGUGACGUCUUCCUUUGAUGGCACCUUCCUGCUGUUCCCAGACGACAGCUCCUACUACCUGUUGAAGCUGUGUGGUGCAGUGCCGGCUAAUGGCUCCAUGGUGGAGGUGAAGAUUGGCAGGCGGCUGAUGAACAAAGGCCCCACUUGGAAAAGACCUGUGAUCGUUACAGUGGCUAACCUGGAAGCUCAGAUGGGAGGGACAGAUUUUGAUAUAGUAAAGGUGAAUGGUGAACCAGUGGCUCUCCCAUAUGUCCAUCCAAUGGAGACAAUGAUGAUCUACAGAGCACCAGGCAAUGCUACAGUGGUGGAGUCCCGUGGUCUGCUUCGUGUCCAGUACACUCGCCAGGGGCUCCUCAACAUCUCCCUCUCCACCCUCUACUACAAUGUUACUUGCGGCCUAUGCGGUGUCUUCAACAGCAAUGCCACCGAUGACCUUCGGCUUCCAAAUGGACGUCUGGCGGAGUCUACUGAACAGUUCACAGAGGGCUGGCGGUCCAUUGCUGAUGACCUCACCUGUAACGGUGACUGCGAUGACCUGUAUCGAAUGUGCACAGAUUUGCGUCUCUACCAGAGUCCUUGGAUGUGUGGCAACAUCAAUGACCCGGGGAAUAGUUCAUUUCUGGCAUGUCAUGCAGUGGUCAACCCUUCGCCGUUCUUCAGGAACUGCUUGUAUAACAUGUGUGUGAGGGAAGGGAAUCGUUCAGCCCUGUGUUCCUCACUGCAGGCGUAUGCCACCGCCUGUCAGGAUGCUCAAGUUGGCCUUGCUUCCUGGAGGAGUGCCACCAACUGCCCUCUUCCCUGUCCACCGAACAGUCAUUUCGAUGAGUGCACCACUGCCUGCCCUCUGACCUGUGCCAACUUAGAUGAACCCGAAGAGCCGUGCCCUCUGCCGUGCCAGGAGGGGUGUCAGUGCGAGGACGGCUUUGCACUCCGCGACGGCCUGUGUGUGGCACGUAGCGAUUGCGGCUGCAUGAGCCACGGGCGCCAGCUGGCCACUAAUCAGACUUUCUGGACAGACUGGGAGUGCCAGGAGCGUUGCUACUGCAAUGGCUCUGACAACAGUGUGUACUGUCAGCUCGCACCCUGUCACCCUGAGGAGUACUGCCAGGAGAAUGACGGCCUGUACUUCUGCCAGCCGCGCACUGAGGCCUUGUGUGUGGUAGCAGGUUAUGGACAUUUUCUGCCAUUUGGUGGCGUCCCGUUUGAGCUGCAGAGCUCUUGUACGCUUAGGAUGGCCACCACGAGCUGUGGGCGAGGGAACAGGGACCCGACGACCAUCAGUGGAGCUUUUCCUCCUUUUAAACUGGCAGCUCGUAACGAGGAAAGGGACACAGGCCAGGCGAUUUGGGUGAGGGGCUUCGUACUGGAGGUCUACGAGUAUGAGAUUGAGGUGUCUCGAAGCUACAAAAACACUGUGACGGUGAAUAAGGAGCGUCUGUACCUUCCUCUGAAGCUGGGCCCGGGGAAGGUCAACGUCUUCACCUGGGGCAUGCAGCUCAUUCUGGAGACAGAUUUUGGCCUAAAGGUGGCCUUUGACUGGAACACCCUCCUCCUGUUGACUCUGCCCCGUGACCUCUACAACACCUCGUGCGGCCUCUGCCAGGGCAUGCCCUUAUCCCCUCCCACCCUCACCACCACCGACUGGGGCAUGGCCUGGGCCGAGAGGGACACCUUCUGCCAGGUGGGCUGUGGAGACUCCUGCCCACGCUGCGGCCUGGGAGAGACAAGCGUGCUAAAUGACGCCCCUCUCAUGGUGGCCGAUGCCAACGUGAACAUGGACACAGACAAUGGAGCUAAUGAAGUCAGCAAUGGCAUACGUUUCCACAUCGGGGAUGGACUGUAUGUGUUUGUGGAGCCCGAGGCAGUGAGGCUGUGUGGGCUAAUUGUGGAUCGAGGAGGUGUGUUUGCACGUUGUCACAGCAAGGUGGCGCCAGCGUUCUUUUAUCAAAGCUGCCUGCAGGACACCUGUUUGGACCAGGGAGCUCAGGAUACAAUCUGUAACUGGCUGCAGAUAUAUGCCGGCACCUGUCAGACCCAAGGGGUGCCUGUUACUGGCUGGAGGAGCGACACGCCGUGUGUCCAGAGCUGUCCACCUAACAGCCAUUACUCCAGUUGUGUGUCGGUCUGCCCGCCCCAGUGCGCCCCAGCCCGCGGCCAGAGGGACUGCAGCCAGGACUGUGUCGAGGGCUGCCAGUGCGACCAGGGCUACGUGCUCAAUGGCAAGAGCUGCAUCCUGCCUCAGAACUGUGGCUGCUACACUGAUGGCAAGUACUAUGAGCCCAAACAGCUGUUCUGGAACAGCGACUGCACCAAACGCUGCCAGUGCAUUGGACGAAAUCUGAUCCAGUGUGACCCGAGGCGCUGUAAGGCAGAGGAGGAGUGCACCCUGCGCUACGGAGUGAGGGGCUGCUUCGCACGGCGUUCCCAGCAAUGCAUAGCAUCCGGCGGAGGGGUGUUCAGGACCUUCGAUGGGGCGUCCCUACGGCUCCCGGCCUCCUGCUCCUUCGUCCUGUCCACUAACUGUCACAAGCUGCCCGACCUCUCCUUCCAGCUCAUCGCCAACUUUGAUAAAUGGAGCACACCAAACCUCACCACCAUCUCUCAUGUCUACCUUUACAUCAACGAGGAGAAUAUCCUUAUCUCUGGCAGCACUGUCAAGGUCAAUGGUACACCAGUAUCUGUACCGUUUCUAACUGGACUGAUGACACGUCUGUCCACAUCUGAGGGCUUCAUUGUCAUCGACACGCCCCAGGACAUCCAGGUUCGAUACAACCGCUUUAACACCCUCAGCAUCACCAUGGGCCAGCGGCUUCAGAACAAGGUGUGCGGACUCUGUGGGAAUUUCAACGGAGACCCAAGUGACGACUACAUCACGUCCAGGGGCAAGCCGGCUGUCAGCGCCCUGGAGCUGGCUCAGAGCUGGAAGACCAACGGUAUGCAGAACAGCUGUGAUGAAACCCAGUACGUGGCUCUGGCUCAGUCCUGUGACAACACGGCAGUGCUGGCGUUGCAAGGUGAGGACGCCUGUCAGAAGCUCACCCAGCUGAAGGGUUUCUUCCAGCCGUGCCAUGGCCUGCUGGAUCCCCGGCCCUUCUACCAGUCCUGCUACCUGGACGGCUGCUAUAAUCACCGCAAGGCUCAGGUCUGCGGCUCCCUGGCAGCCUACGCAGAGGCCUGCCGCUCCAUGGGGACCCUCACCACCAAGUGGAUCGCCCAGGAGAACUGCUCAGAAUGGAUCUACGACCCCUGUGCAGGAGAGAUCUGCACAAACUUCACCUGUGAGCUGGAGAACGGAGGAGACCUGUGUGGCUGCCCGGAGUUACCCACCAGCACUGGAGGUGAUGAUGACAUCAUCCAGGCGGAGGUGACCUGUAAGCACGCUCAGAUGGAGGUCUCCAUCUCCAAGUGCAAGCUCUUCCAGCUGGGCUUUGAACGAGAGGACGUCAGGAUCAACGACGAGCACUGCGCAGGCAUCGAGGGAGAGGACUUCAUCUCCUUCCGCAUCAACAACACCAAGGGGCACUGUGGCUCCAUCGUACUGUCAAACGGCACACACAUCAUGUAUAAGAACACCGUGUGGAUCGAGAGUGUGAACAACACCGGGAACGUCAUCACCAGAGACAAAACCAUCAAUGUGGAGUUUUCCUGCGCCUACGAACUGGACCUGAAGAUCUCUCUGGAGACUGUCCUCAAGCCCAUGCUCAGUGUGAUAAAUCUCACCUUACCGACCCAGGAGGGAAACUUCAUCACCAAGAUGGCUCUGUAUAAGAACUCCUCGUACCGAAACCCGUACAGGGAGGGGGAGGUGGUGCUCAGCACGCGAGACAUCCUGUUCGUGGGCGUCUUUGUGGAAGGGGCGGAUGAAAACCAGCUCAUCCUCAUUGUGAACAUGUGCUGGGCCACGCCAUCCCGCUACAGCAGUGACCGGCUUCGCUACAUCAUCAUAGAGAGAGGGUGUCCAAACAUUAAGGACAACACCAUCGGCAUGGCAGAGAACGGCGUGUCCCUCACCUGUCGCUUCCACGUCACCGUCUUCAAGUUCAUCGGGGAUUACGACGAGGUGCACCUCCACUGUGACGUCUCCCUGUGUGACUCGGAAACAAACACCUGCAAAGUGAACUGUCCGCACAAGAGAAGAAUGUACUCGGAGGACAGUGACCAUAAAGAGCACAUACUGACUGUGGGCCCCAUCAGAAGGAGAGAAUCAGACUGGUGUGAGGAGGAAAAUGGAGGCUGUGAGCAGAUCUGCACCAGUAAGAUGACCGGACCAGUCUGCAGCUGUGUGACUGGGAUGUUGCAACGGGAUGGGAAAAGCUGCCGAACUGUGAGCUCGAGCUGUAACCUCACACCUGCCGUUUCUCUGCUGAGCAUCAGCGCUGUGAUCUCCAUGUUCCCGGCUCGUAUUCACACUCUCCUCUCCUAACACCCUGCGAGCAAAGGAGGGCAACACAUCAAACAGAAUCAAACACAGAAAAGACUUGAAGAUGCACAAAGUUUAUCAGCGUUGGUAGGUCAGAGUAGAUCAGCUGUGUUCCAGUCAGAAGAUGUAGACAGAGUAAAUUGUACAUUCACAGUGACCACAUAUUCAUAAUGCAACUGAAUGUACGUAACUAAACAAGAAAAGUAAGUUUCACCCCAACGUGAUUACAACACAUUGCAAAUUUAUCUGGUGGUUUUUGUUUGUAGAAAAAUGAAUGCAUAGGUCUGCCAGAGUGUUUUCUAUAUUGCCACCAGAUGGCGCCAGAGUAGGACAUUUUAUAAUCCCACACAUGUUGGCUGGUUUGAGUCAUAUUCACUGUCAACUUGACCCAAGAACAAUGGUGUUGAAGGCAAACAUCUGACCCAACUUCCUGACCUCCACACUCUAACGUCACCCUGCUAUGAACACAAUAUAUUCUGCAUUAGAACUAAGCAAUAACACUGAAGUUGCAUAAUGGUCAGCAUCAACGUUAUCUGGAUACUGACAUUUGGUUACAGGGCUUUGCAUUUACACCUGAUAUCAUUAAUAAUCUCCUUAUCCUGAUUCUGCCCACAUUGUGCUCUGAUCUCAAAAUGCACAAAAAAAUAAGAUAAACUGUUGUGAACAGUUAGUCAUGCACUUGAUCAGGUGACUGACAGAAAAUGAUUUGCCAUUUAAUGUGGUAAUCAGUUAAACAAUUUGUCAUUUUUAAGCAGAAAGGCCAAAGAUGAUCUCGUUCCAGCCUCUCAACUAACAGGAUUUUCUGCUUUAAUUCAUUUAAUGUGACAGUAAACUGAAUAUUUUUGUAUUUUGGACUGUUAGUCAAAACAAAACAAGAAAUAUAAAGAUGUCCAGGCCAAUACUGCUAUUGUUAAGAUGCUGUGGUGCACUCAUUUUUUUCAGCUACCUAAGGUUUUCAUUGGUACCAAUGAUGUCGGCAUUGCCUGUCAGGAAGAGGGCCAAUUAACGCUCCAAAUUUAGGCUAAAUAUUGGUGAGGGAACAACAGGCAUGGCCAUUUUUAAAGGUGUCCCUUAAACUCUCAUCUCAAAAUAUCUGAAUGGAAAUGGGUUCUAUAGAUACCCAUGAUUUUAACACGGUCUCACUCCGAAGUCGUCAAAAUGCGGCACUUGGGCAGUGACUUGAAGUGUCAGACACUGAUGAAAAAAGCUGUCUUUUGGUAUUUGCAUGAUACACGGCCAGUCGCUGUUACUGUACGUUCAAACCAGAAGCUUCCAAAGAGGCAAAGUCUCUCGUGAAAGCCCAAGAAGCAUGACUGUCAAAAAUAUUUGUGGCAGAUUUGGUUGCUCUAGUCGCUCAUCACGUGACUCAUUCGAACAUUCAAUCGUGCUUGUCAAUUUAAAGGAGCUGCAAAGCGGACUACUGGCUUGAAAGCAGCGUAAUUGCUGGUGUGUUGAUAAAAUGCUUUGCUUUGCAGUAUGUCAUCCCAUUCAAACCAAGCAAGGAAGACUUGCAUGCUACGUUGCAACAUGGUCCCAAGCCUCCUUCUUUUUAUUUUGGUAUUUGUAACUGAACAACUUUACAUUAUAAAGGACUGAGUGGGCACGAACGCAAGUAGUAAACUUCUCGAUAUCCAUUGUCGGAACAAGUGUGCUGUAGGAACUAAAGUUACAUGGCUGGUUCUCUGUGACCCACUUCAUCGAAGCACGUUAGUUGUCACUGAACCGCGUCAGAGCUCAUUACCAUAAAGUUAAACGAGUUUUAACUCCCCUCCAGACACACUCCGGUCGCUUUGGUCGCCCAAGAUGUGCGGCUGACGACCAAGUCGCCCAAGUUGCCAGGCUCUCAUUGAAAAUGAAUGACUUCUGCUGUUUUGGAAGCUCUGGUCGCUGUUGGUGUGAACGUACAGAUAUAGUUUAAAGAUGCUUGUUCGCAUCGGGGGGAAACACAGUGGGCAAAAGUCCGAAUAGGUCAGGUGUAAAGGUGUUGGACAUGUUGGACACAGUGUCCCUGAACACCAACAACCAAUGCACCCACAAUACCUUUCAUGUUGCAUCCGGACGUGGAAAGUCCAUGACCAAACAUUGAUACGUGACACUGUCGGAGUGAGACUGUGUUGACAAGUCUGCCAUAAACUUGUGAUAACUUGCUCUCAGUAAAUGUUUUGCUCCUUACAAUCAGAGUAGGUCUUCCAUUUAAAACUCAUUUGUCUUUUUCAGGAAAAGACCAACCAGUCUAUGUAAAGAACAAUGAAUUGCUUCACAGGUAUAAGUACAAAAAACAAGAAAAUCGGGUUGUUGUGGAACUCAGAAUGUUAACUGUACUGGUAUUAUUCCAUGCACAUCUGAUAAUUAGUAAUAUUAACCAAUAAGAAACUAAAGUAUAUCAGUAUGCGAUUCCUUAACUCUCUUAUCAACAAAGGUUUUGACGAGCCAAUAUGCUUCAACAGCAUAAUAGAAAAGGAAACUGGCCUGAAAUUCAGUUACGGUUUUUGGUUAGAUUUUCAGAGGCCCAUCUGGCCACCCUUGUGAAAGAUUUCCGGGGGCACCCCUGGUGUUGUUGGGCCUUGGGGUAUUAUGACUUUUGGACAUUUUACAGACAAAACUAUGACCUGGAUCCUCAAGCAUAUAAUACAUGUGCUGCUGUGGAAUUAAAAGUGAAUAUAAAUUCUCCUGACUGUCAGUUAGACACUUAACACACCAGCCAGCUUACUUACUGUUUGACCUCCACAAAAUUUACAUCAUCAUUCAUGUAAGAAGGAAAUUGGACGGUGUGUUUAAUGAUGCAAACAGCGGGAGAAACAUUGUGAAUGGGUGGUCUACGUUUGUCUUGGAUGUCAAAGUGGAGUUUAUGAAUGCAGUGAUGCAGAGUAAUGUGUGAGGAGAGCGCAGUGUGAAAUUAAUACUACUCAAAUUUUGGUGUCAUAGAUGUGUAAGAUAUGCAAUCAGUUGUGCCAUUAAAAUAUUUAAUUUCUAUCCUAAUCAGUUCUGAUUAAUAUUGAUUGUUGGCUCUGACGUUGAUUCUGGACAACAGUUUGCCUUUUAGGUCGGACAUUUGAAGACAUUGUAACACUGUCAAUAGACUGAGGUUCUCUAAAUAUGGUCCCUGGUUUUCUAUUUGGCACCAAUAUAUGUCAUCAAACAUCUUAUGUAACCCUUCAGUGUUCUUCACUGAAGCCCACUGAAAUUCUCAGUUUUGGGUUAGUUAUGCAGUGAGUAGCAGUUUUUCAUAGGUAGGCCUGUUUUGCUACCUUCUAUGUACAAAUGUACAGUCCUUGUCAGUUUGGUGGUUUAUGUCGUGACUUUUUUUUUUUUUUUUAAAAUAAUCAGUAUCUUUUGUUUUUUUUUUUUUUGAUGUUUAAAAACACAACCAAAAGAUGUUUUAUGCUUUGAGAGCAGCACCACCCUACUUUGAAUAAA